AAAAGAACCGGGCAGCGGGCAGGUGUUUGUGACGUCGGAGAACCAGCUGGUGUACUACCCCAGCAUCACCUACGCCAUCAUCGGCAGCUCCGUCAUCUUCGUGCUGGUGGUGGCCCUGCUGGCACUGGUCCUGCACCACCAGCGCAAGCGGAACAACCUCAUGACGCUGCCGGUGCACCGGCUGCAGCACCCCGUGCUCCUGUCCCGCCUCGUGGUGCUGGACCACCCGCACCACUGCAACGUCACCUACAACGUCAACAACGGCAUCCAGUACGUGGCCAGCCAGGCCGAGCAGAACGCCUCGGAAGUGGGCUCCCCGCCCUCCUACUCGGAGGCCCUGCUGGACCAGAGACCCGCGUGGUAUGACCUCCCUCCGCCACCCUACUCCUCCGACACCGAGUCACUGAACCAGGCCGACCUGCCACCUUACCGCUCCCGGUCGGGGAGUGCCGACAGCGCCAGCUCCCGGGCAGCCAGCAGCCUUGUGAGUGUGGAAGACACGGCCUCCAGCCCGGGGCAGCCCGACCCUCCGGAGAGCACCACCGAGCCCAGGGACUCUGUGCCCAGCCAGGGCACCGAAGAAGUAUAAAACCCAGCUAUUCCAAAGUCCACACGGGUUCAUCCACUCUGACCUGUUACCAUCCUAACAACCUGCCCUCAGGGGGAGUCGGGGUGCCUCAGGGACUGAUCUGGGGUGUCAGCUGUCUCUCCAUCCCUCCUGCCCCAGAUUUCAAGGAGGUCCUCUGGUGGGCGGCCUGUUGUUUUCCUGGCCUCUCCAUUGGCACGAUGUGUGUGGACAUCUGUCCUGGGAGGUGAUUCUUCCACUUGGCCCAGGGUUACAGCCUCACUCUCCACGUCAUUCUUCUGUUACCGCUGUCAUCUGGCCGAGGAGGGGACAGGAUCAUGCGGGUUUAGGGAACACCUGAGAGAGCAGUUUCUGUGACGUGUCGGACGUGCAGAAGGGCAGGCACUGGGCCACAUGUGCUGUGGGCUGCCGUCUGAUAGUUGUUUGGGGGUCCGGGUGCCUUUCUCCCUCAGUUAGGGUCUCUGUGUUCCUGCUAGCUGUCCUCUCUCUCUGUGCCCCGCCAGCCACAGGGCCCACCCACCAGGAGGCCGCCAUGGGAUGGCCGCCCUGCAGGGAGGCCAGGUGAGCAUCCAGCCUCGCACUGUCCUAUGCAUUCCCCUCCGUUCAGCGGAGGCAGCGGCCAGAGAACACGUUUGACACGAGGUACGCCCUUCGGUAAUCGGCCGUGUCACUUAGAGGUUGUGAAUGACCCUGAACCUGCCCUCUCAGGAGAGAUUCUGGUUUUAACAUUUUGCCUGAGGAUCCCCAUUUGGAGAGCUUGUCUGGCCGCAUGUAUCGUCAGCCUCUUCCCGGAACAGGCAGGAAGUCCCCACCGGGAGUUUCCCCGGGUUCUCAGCUCCCGAGAGACAGGCUGCGAGAGCGAGGCCUGCUGUGUCCACGGUCCCUGCCCUGGCUCCUGGAUCGGCAGCCUCCCAGCUGUGACCUGUCUGCG